AUGGCGAUCGUCGUAACUCCUCCCCUCACCCGCUGGAUCGUCCUCGAUGACACGGACGAGCGAAUCGAGUACUCGGGCUCAUGGUCGGAAGUCGACACGAGGCUGUUCGAUAACGUCGGGAACUUCGGGGCGACGUUUGGUGGUACGCAGCACCUGACGGCGACGCGAGGCAACGGGUUCAACUUCAAAUUCAAUGGCACCAGCGUUCUCGUCCAGGGAACCAUGCCAUCCGUUUCGUUGAGCGCAGCUACCGGCGUGAUCUGGAACUGCAUCAUCGAUGGUGAAGCCUCGACGCAGCCCCGGAGCAACGUAGCGAUGACCUCACUGAACAACUUCGUUUUGUGUCGGUACGACAACCUCACGCCCGGCGAACACACCUUCGGCGUUGAGGUCAUGAACAACGGGGCGAAUUUCUACGUUGAUCGUCUCGCGUACGGAGCGCUGAAUUCCGUCCCGACGUCGUUGAACAAGGUCGUCCAGGUUGGCUAUAAUGAUCGCGGGAUCAUGUACAGCGGCGGAGCCACAGAGUGGACGACACACACGGCAUACGCACCUUCGCUGAAUAGUGAUGAUCCUGGAGCAACGAUUUCGUUCAAUUUCACAGGAACUUCCGUUGCCUGGUAUACCGCCUCUCCGAACGGCAUCGUCAAUGCCUCCCGUGCGAGCUACCAGAUUGACGACGAAGCGCCCGUAACGUUCAACAUCCCAGGCGGCUUCGACGCCCCUCGGCUCAACCAGAAAUACUUCCACACACCCUCUCGUGAGUCAGGAGAUCACAGGUUGACCGUCAAGUACCUCGGGCAGAAAGAGCAGAUGCCACUUUCCCUUGCGUACAUGGAGGUCACGAACAUCCCAACUGUUGCCCCCGGUGCCUCCACCUCAACGGCAGCGCAUGAGGGACAGAACGGAUUACCUUUGGCGCCUAUUGUUGGAGGGUUAGCUGGAGCUCUGUUUUUGUUGGCUAUGAUGGGUCUAUUCGUGUGGUACCGUCUCCGUAGCCGUGCUCGUGCGGCAGCCAAGGCUGCUCCAAUCGCGGCAUACACAGCACCAAUGCGCUCUCAAGCGUCCCCCAUCUCGAUAUCUGGAAGCGAGAAGAAGAAGAUUGGGAGUGUCAAAGCCUCUUCGAAUUCCAAUUCGCCCCCGUUUCUCCUGAUUAUUUAA